CCCAGCCCGCACUAGGCAGGGCCCCUUUCCCACCCCAGGUCUGCGGAUAGGGAAGGAGCACUUCCUCCUCCUCCUCCUCCUCGCGGGGGCUGCAGCUGGGGGUGUCCUUUAAAAGCUGGACGGCAGGCAUUGCACGCAGUGUUGAAAAAGGGGCCUCCCAGCACCAUGUCCAGAUCAGACCCAGCCACGGCAUCGCUGGAGGCAGGCCUCACUGGGUCCCUGAACCGGGACAAAGCCCAGAUUUACAGCACCGGCCGGAGCCCCAUGCCCCCCCAGCGCCCUGGUACCCGGGAUCAGACCUACCUGGAUGAACUCAUAAGCAUCCCCAAGGGCGGCGGGCCUGGUUUCAGCUUUAGGAAACUCUGGGCUUUCACUGGUCCCGGCUUCCUCAUGAGCAUCGCAUACCUGGACCCGGGCAACGUGGAGUCGGACCUGCAGUGUGGGGCUGUGGCGGGGUUCAAGCUGCUGUGGGUGCUGCUGUGGGCCACCAUCCUAGGGCUGCUGUGCCAGCGCCUGGCCAUCCGGCUGGGUGUCGUGACAGGGAAGGACCUGGGUGAGAUUUGCUACCUCUACUACCCCAAGGUGCCCCGUGUGCUGCUUUGGCUCAUGAUCGAGAUCGCCAUCAUCGGCUCUGACAUGCAGGAGGUGAUUGGGACAGCCAUUGCCUUCAGCCUGCUCUCAGCCGGCCGAAUCCCCCUUUGGGGUGGGGUCCUCAUCACCAUCGUGGACACCCUCUUCUUUCUCUUCCUCGACAAGUAUGGGCUCCGAAAACUGGAGGCUUUCUUCGGCCUCCUGAUCACCAUUAUGGCCCUGACCUUUGGCUACGAGUAUGUGGUGGUGAGGCCAGGGCAGGUGGAGGUACUGAAGGGCAUUUUCCUGCCCUAUUGCCUGGGCUGCGGGCGAGAGGAGCUGCUCCAGGCCGUGGGCAUCAUUGGCGCCAUCAUUAUGCCCCAUAACAUCUUCCUCCACUCCUCCUUGGUGAAGACACGGGCAAUCGACCGAUCCAAGAAGGAGGCGGUGCAGGAGGCCAACACGUAUUUCCUGAUCGAGUCCUGCCUAGCCCUUUUUGUCUCCUUCCUCAUCAACCUCUUUGUCAUGGCUGUCUUUGGCGAGGCUUUCUACCACCAGCGAAACGAGGAUGUGCACAACAAGUGCAUCAACAGCAGCGUCCGCCAGUAUGCCAGCAUCUUCCCCACCAACAAUGAGACGGUCUCUGUGGAUAUCUACCAGGGGGGUGUUAUCCUGGGCUGCUAUUUCGGGACAGCGGCACUGUACAUCUGGGCCAUCGGGAUCCUGGCGGCAGGACAGAGCUCCACAAUGACUGGGACAUAUGCGGGGCAGUUUGUCAUGGAGGGCUUCCUGCAGCUCCGCUGGUCCCGCUUCGCCCGUGUGCUCUUCACCCGCUCCUUUGCUAUCUUGCCCACUGUCUUUGUGGCUGCCUUCAAGGAUGUCAGCCACCUCACAGGCAUGAAUGACCUGCUCAAUGUCCUGCAGAGCAUCCUGCUGCCGUUCGCUGUCCUGCCCGUCCUCACCUUCACCAGCCUGCACCCACUCAUGCAGGAUUUCACCAACAGCCUCCUGGGGAAGGUGCUGAUGACCCUCAUCACGGGGCUGGUCUGCGCCAUCAACGUCUACUUCGUGGUGGACUUUCUGCCCACACUGCAGGGGCUGGGGUACUACAUCCCCCUGGGACUGCUGCUGGCUGCCUACGUGGCCUUCGUCGCCUACCUGAUCUGGACAUGCAGCAUCGCACACGGAGCCUGGUUCCUAGCCCGGGGCCACCAUAGCCGGUUCAACUUCGGCAUCUCCUUCGACCCAGCGGCAGUGGCAGGGACCCGGUGACAGACCCCAUCAGUCCUUGCUGCCCCGCAGUCCCUGCCCAGCACCGUCUCCCACACCAGGCACCCACCAGAUGCCACGCCAAGCCCAGGGAUGAUGCUCUGGCCAGAAACACACCCAGUAAGGAAGGGGUUAACAGCCGGGCAGCCCUCCCCCCAGGUUUUUAGAGCCUCUUCUUCCCCCCCCCCCCCCAGUUCAGGUCUGGGUGCUGGGGGGGGGGUGGAUGGCAGCAGGAUGUGCCAAGGGCUGGUGAGCGAGCCGCCCCGGAGACCUCCCCCCCUCCUCAUUAGUGCCGGGCACCGCCGGCCCCCGGGACCGCUAAUUACCGCCCGGGACCGCUAAUCACCUCCCGGGACCGCUAACCAUCCCUCACCGCCCGCCUCCCGGGGCCACCGGGGCAGCCCCGGGGGGGCGGGGCCGCCAGCGCCGCUGCCCGGCACCGGCCCCAGCCCCCGGCCCGGCCGGAGCCCCACGUGGGGCUCCCAAACUCGGGGGGAUUGGGGUGCGUGUGCUGAUAAAUGGCGUGUUUGUAACCUGG